AACGAAGCGAUAACAACGGAAAAACGGCCGCCUCGCGUUGGCUGGGGAGUUCCGCUCUCUUGCUCUCUCCCACUCUUAGUGUGCGUUCGGCUGAGCGUUCGCUCGCGUGUUGAACAUUUUGUGUUUUGUUUUGUUUUUGGUUGGAAAAUGCAAAAGACGCCAACAGCAGCUGCAUCAGCAUUCAACUCUGCAGUUGCGUUUGUUUCGGGUUUUUCUCUUUGUGUGUGCAACAAUGCACAGAAAAGUGCCCAACAAGUUAUAAAAAAUGUUUUAAAAAACAAAAACCUAAGUCUAAAUAUCCCAAAAAUGUGCCUUAAAAAUUGAAGUAAAAAAAAAACUGACUGCAACAACAAAAAUCAACAAAAAUCAACAAAAAUCAACAAACAUCAGCAAACAUCAAUCCAUACAGCAAGUGUGAAUACCCAACGCCCAGUGCCACGCCCCUGACUAAAAAAUACCUAAGCCAAAAGAAAAAAAACACCUUCAAAUCGUAGAAAACAAAACAAAAAUCGUCUAAAAAAAACGGAAACAAAAAAAAUCAUGAGUAGUCAACCUGCCAGCCAGCCCGAUAGCAUUGACUUAGCCUAUGAUAUGUGGGCGGGUCAAUUCGAAUUUGUCGGACCCACAGCGAAUGCAGCAGCAACAACAGCAAUAAAUCAGAAAAGCGGCGCACUGAACAACAACAACAACAACAAUAACAACUAUAAUUGUGUGAAAUUUGGCAGUGAGCGAAACGCUAGUCAAGAGCUUUCGUCAGAGGACAGUCUGGAGGAUUUGAAUUUGAAUUUCAAUACGAGCUCCACUCAGAAUCCUCUGUGCAACGCCUACAGUUUGGGCGUAGGCGUAGGCGUGGCUGGGCAAUAUACUGGCUUUGGCAAGCAGCCCAUAUUGUUCGAUCAGGAGACGUUUCUCAGUCUCAAUCCGGCUGAUUUUGAGAAUAUUGUGCCAUCCGAUUCGGAGCCCAAUUCGCUGGUGUUCAUCGAAAACAAGUUAGAAACGAACAACAAUAGUUUGGAAUCGAAUAAUAAUAACAGCAACAGCAACAGCAACAACAAUAAUAAUAAUAAUAAAAUAUACAAUUUGGAAACGUUGACAAGUAAAUUCAAUAAUAAGACAAACAAUACGAAUACAAACGGUUUCAAAUUGGAAAACCUUAAGAACUUCAAGAACAAAUUGCUCUGUGAUUUUGAGGAGAACGGCAACGGAGGAGCCGCAAACGGCACAAAUAGCAAAAUGAACGGCGCCCUUAGCGCGGAGAUUUGCGAUAAUUUCAACGAGCAACUGGAGCUGCUGCAGCGCAAGGUGGACGAUCUGUCCGAUACGCAGAACAUAGCCGAGGAUCGCACGACGCGCACCAAGACUGAAUAUGCGGUGCUCCAGGCGCGCUAUCACAUGCUCGAGGAGCAGUACAGAGAGUCGGAACUGCGCGCCGAGGAGCGUUUGGCCGAGGAGCAGAAGCGUCAUCGCGAAAUUUUGGCCCGUGUGGAACGCGAAGCCUCGCUGCAGAAUGAGAAUUGCCAGAUGAAGAUCAAAGCUACCGAGAUCGAGGCGAAUGCACUGCGCGAUGAGGCGCAACGGUUGCGUGUCUUGUGCGAUAAACAGGCCAACGAUUUGCAUCGCACCGAGGAGCAGCUGGAGCUGGCACGCGAUCAGAUUGCCGCCCUGCAGCAGGAAUACGAUGAACAAUUGCAGACGGUGCGCCGGCACGAGCAGGAGAAAAAGUCCACCGAGGAGCUAAUGCUCGAGCUGAGUCGCGAACUGCAGCGCGCCCGCGAGGAGAAUGGGGCACGUGCCAUGCCCACCACAUCGCCGGAGAGCAUAAGACUGGAGGAGCUGCAUCAGGAGCUCGAGGAAAUGCGCCAAAAGAAUCGCUCCCUUGAGGAGCAGAACGAGGAGCUGCAGGCAACCAUGCUGACGAAUCAGGCCACCAUGCUGACCAACGGCGUGGAGCAGGGUCGUCAUCUGUUGAACGGCACCCUCAACAAUCUGGCCCAGGAGCUGGAGGAGAUGUCACAAGCUCAGGAUUCUGUGGAUUCAGCCACAUUAGCAUCCUUAAGUCAGCUGCAACAGGCCUUCCAGGAAAAGGAAGAUGAGAAUGUGCGCCUCAAGCAUUAUAUCGAUACGAUCCUGUUGAACAUUGUGGAGAACUAUCCCCAGCUGCUCGAAGUCAAGCCCAUGGAGCGCAAAUAGAGCAACGCAAAAAAUAAAGAACAACCAUAUUAAAUAGUAAAACUAAACCCAGAUACUGCGGUAACUGGACCACCUAAACUAAACUCAAAAGAAAACUAAAACAAAAAAAGAAAAGCAGCAGAGCAAGAUUAACUAACUAAUGAACUACUUUAAAAUACAUUUUAAGCACUCGCCCCAUAUAUUUAUGUAUACAGUUUAAGUCGUAAUUUAUUUUAUAACAAUUUAUUGUAGUUUUUAAACCGAACAACACAAGUGAACAGAACUACAAAUUUAUGUGAAAUUAGUUUAAAAUUUUGUUAUUCAUAUUAUAUUUCUUUGUCAAACUUUUUAACCAAUCGUUAUGUAUAACAAAUUUCAUGUUUGUAAAAUAGCAACUAAACCAAUAUUGUCAAAAAAAAAACAAAAAACAAAAAAACAAAACAAAAGAAACCCAGCAAAUUGUUUAUAGUUUUUGUAGUGUUGUUGAGCCCUGAAGAUAUUAACUGUAACAAUUAUUAGUUCAUAAGAUUAUACACCUUUUAAAAUCAACAAUAUUUAUUAAUAUACAAGAAAUAAUUAUAACCAUGUA